CAUUCACUAUCGAGAGGGUAGAUCGGUAAAAUCCUAUCCGACUGAAAGAUUUGAAACUACCAAGGGGCCCAAGCCCCCCCAACUAGAAGAAAUAAGAGGUAGGUAUUCCGCGUCACAAGGGCUUCUUUCACUUUCCUCUGUUCUCCGUUCCCACUGUUUUUGAAUAUUCCGUUCACCGGAGCCCGAAUAUUCCGUCUGGGGAGCACUCCUCCCUUCUUCUUUUACUGCUUUUGGACGACUCAACCGUCAACAUUUAGAACGUUAAACACCUUUCAUUUUGGUUUUUUUAAACCCCAAUUCUCACAAAUUUUACAUUAGGGUUUCUUCCAACUUCCUCAGAAUUGAAAUUAACGUUUGAAGUACAAAUCAAUACGGAACAAAGGUAACGAUGUUUACCCCGAAAAGGCAGUGGCCGGGGGCACCAAUGACACCGAAGACUGAAGUGCGCGCAACGCCGAACCCUAGUCGCAAAGAUAAGAUGGUGGCUUUUACCGACGGGACUCCUCCACCGCCGCCGCCGACGAGUUUUUUGAGCGCGAAUGGGAAUACAGCUCAGGCGGAAAAUAUGGAGGAUUGGAGGAGGUUUCAUGAGGUCGGACUGUUGGAUGAGGUUGAAUUGGAGCGGCGCGAUCGUGAGGCGCUGGUGGAGAGGACCCAAAGGCUUGAAAGAGAGCUCUUCGACUAUCAGUAUAAUAUGGGACUGCUGCUAAUUGAGAAAAAGGAGUGGACUUCAAAACAUGAAGAACUUCAGGAAUCUAUUCAAGAAGUGCAGGAGCUUCUCAAACGUGAAAAAACUGCUCAUUUGAUUGCAGUUUCUCAAGUAGAAGAGCGGGAAUCAAAUUUGAGGAAGGCGUUGGAUGCUGAGAGACAAUGUGUGAAUGAGCUUUCGAGGUCCCUACGUGAUAUAGGAUCCGAGCAUGAGAAAAUCAAGAUGACAUCAGCGUCUAAGUUGGCUAAUGCCAAUGAUUUGGUAGCUGGAAUUGAGGACAGGUCUUUAGAGGUGCAACAGAAGUUGCUUUCUGCUGAUGCAAAGCUUACGGAGGCAAACAGGAAAGCUUUAGAACUGGAGAGGAAAUUGCAGGAGGUUGAAACAAGAGAAAGUGUUUUUAAGAGGGAGCGCAUGUCCUUUAUUUCCGAACGGGAAGCGCAUGAAGCAAACUUUUUGAAACAUAAAGAAGAUAUGCGGGAGUGGGAAAGGAAGCUUCAAGAAGGGGAAGAGAGACUGUGUCAGAAUCGGAGAAAUAUUAAUGAGAGAGAGGAAAAGGUAAAUGAACUCAGUAGGAUGUUAAAGGAGAGAGAGAGGGAGCUUGAAGACGAACAGAAGAAGGCUGAUUUGGCAAAUUUGACCCUGAAGGAGAAAGAAGACGAGAUUAAUAAGAAACUAGCUGAGCUAAUUGUAGAAGAGGACAAAGCUAAAUCUGUCAGAAGUAAUCUAGAGAUGAAGGAGAAGCAGUUAACUGCGUUAACGGAGAAGUUGAGCUCUAGAGAGAAAGUGGAGCUUCAGAACCUUCUUGAUGAACAUAGAUCUGCUUUGGACAUAAAAAAGCAGGAAUUUGAAUUGGAAAUCGAAGAAAGAAGGAAGUCUCUGGAGGAGGAGAUUAAAAUUAAACAUGAGAAUUUGGUUAAGAAGGAGAGUGAAAUCAACCAUAUGGAGGAAAAAUUGAGAAAACAGGAUCAAGCACUGGAAAAGAAGUCGGACAGGGUUAACGAGAAAGAGAAGGACAUUGAAUUAAAGUUGAAAGGCUUGAAGGAAAAAGAGAAGGCCCUCAAGCUGGAGGAGAAAAAUCUGGACUUGCUGAGGAGAGAAACAGCUUCUGAUAAAGAAAGUCUGCAAAUUCUCAAAGACGAGCUUGAGAAGAUGAAAGCUGAAAUUAGUCAGAAGAAAUUGGAAAUUCAUGACGAAAAGGAAAAGCUUAGUGUCACUAAUGAAGAGAGGAAGGAGCAUAACCGUUUGUUAAUGAAUUUAAAACAGGAGAUAGAGAGGUACAAACAUGAAAAAGAUUUGCUCUCUAAGGAAAGUGAUGAUCUGAAGCAAGACCGAAAGAAUUUCGAGGAAGAGUGGGAGGCCCUCGAUGAAAAAAGAGCAGAACUGACUAGAGAUGCGCAGCAACUUGAAGAGGAGAAAACCGAAAUUGAAAAAUUGAAGUCCUCUUUAGAAAAGCAAUUGAAAGAAGAUAAAAUCGUCACCGAGGAUUACGUCAAGAGAGAGUUGGAGGCUCUUAAACUUGAGAAAGAAUCAUUUGCUGCCACAAUGGAGCACGAGCAGUCAAUGCUAUCCGAAAAAUCCCGACACGAGCAUGACCAGUUAGUUCGUGAUUACGAAAUUCGUAAAAGGGAUCUCGAGGCAGAUAUGCUGAAUAAGCAAGAAGAAAUGGAAAGAUCUUUGCAGGAAAGAGAGAGAGCGUUUGAGGAGAAGACUGAGAAAGAACUUAGUAAUAUCAGUCGUUUGAAGGAAGUUCUGCAAAAGGAAACGGAAGAUAUGAAGGCAGAGAGGAGCAGAUUAGAGAAGGACAAACAGAGCAUUACCUUGAACAAGACACAACUCGAAGAGCAGCAGCUCGAAAUGCACAAGGACAUUAACGAACUUGGUGUCUUAAGCAAAAAGCUUAAGUUACAGAGGCAACAAUUCAUCAAGGAGAGAAGCCGAUUCUUUUCAUUUGUCGAGACGCUUAAGGAUUGUGAAAACUGUGGGGAUAGGGCGAGAGAGUAUAUCUUAUCUGACCUUCAAAUCACAGACAAGGAGGAGGCGUCUCCACUUCAAGCAUUGGGUGAAGAACUUUUGGAAAAAGUUUCUUCUUACAAAUCGAAUGCUAAGAAAGAUGCUCUUUCUGAGGAAGAUCCUAAAUUGUCAGAAUCUGGUGGGCGUAUGUCUUGGAUUCUUCGAAAGUGCACUCCGAGAAUCUUUAACUCGCCUUCUCCUACCAAGAAAGUUCAAGAGAUGCCUCCUCAAAACUUGGACCAAGCUUUGACUGAUACACUGGUCAAUGUUGCUGAAAAUGUUGGAGUAUCCAACAUGCCAGAUAAUCAUGAAGUUCCAGAAGAUUCUCAGAAUUCAGGGUUGAAGAAUCGUCGACGGAAAUCGAGUAGAAAAUUCGGUGGGGUCCACAGAACACGUUCUGUUAAAGAUGUAGUUGAAGAUGCUGAAGUUUUCUUGAGAAGGAAAUCGGGAGACGUAGAAUUGAAUGAGGAGCAAAGUAAGGAUGAAGAAAGCCGGGGAGAGUCUGGCCUUGUUGGGAAAGCAGCUAGUGCUGUUCGAAGAAAGCGAACACGUGCACAGUCUUCUAAGAUGACUGAGAGUGUGGAUGCUGAUUAUGACAGUGAGGGUCAUUCUGAAAGUGUUACUGCAGGUGGCCGAAGGAAGAGGCACCAAACAGCUGCUCCAGCUGUACAAAAUUCUGGGCAGACACGUUAUAAUCUUCGACGUCAUACGGCAAAGAGCAAAGGAGUAGCCAUUUCAACAGACAGUGAGAGAAUACCAGAUAAGGAAGUCGGUUAUGCUACCGUAUCUCGAGAUAACGAAAUUACUUCUGCGCCCCCAGAAGAAGUCACCAGUCAGAAAAGGAGCUCUGCACAGUUGGUGCAGGUUACUUCUCGUAAACAGGCCCAAAUGGUCUCGGUCGAAAGGGUAGUCAGGUUUCAGGCAGGGGAAAACUUGGAUGAAAAUGCUGAUGCAGCGAAAUUGACAGAGACAGUCGAUUUGAGUGAGGAGGUGAGUGGUACUCCAGAGUACAACACCGGUGAUGAAGAAAACGAAGAUGAAGAAGGCGAUGAAUAUGCUCCUGGUGAAGCUUCCAUACCUAAAAAACUUUGGACAUUUUUCACAUCUUGAUCCCCUUUUGAUUACAUGUUGUAGUUUGUCUAUUUUGUAAAACACACUUUGUGGUGUAUUAGGGAACCUUUAGAAAUCCGAGGAUGUUUUUUUUUUUUUUUUUUUUUU